AUGCACAUCCCCCUCACACAUCCCCCUCACACACCUUACGCUCAACACCCCAUCCCCCAUCACACUAUCUCACCUCACACCAUCCCUCACACACAUGCCCCUCUACACACAUACGGUCCCCUCACACCAGCAUCCUACACCCCUCCCCUCACAUCAUCCCCCUACAUCCACUUGCCCUCACACGCCUGCCACCUCACACCAAUCCCCUCCAACCCCGACCGCCUCACAAUGGCCCACCCCCUCACACCCAAUGGCCCCUCUCACAUCCGCAUCCCCCUCACGAACGUGCCUCUCACGGGGUCACACCCCUCCCCCCGUCACAGGGCGCCCGCCCCUCAACCCAUACCCCCUCACAUACCUCCACCUCACACCCUAUCCCCUCACACCCUCCCCCUCACACCCCUCCCCCUCACACCCAUCCCCCUCACUACCCAUUACCCCUCAUACUCAUCCCGCUCACACAUACGCGGGGCCCCGUCACACCCAUCCCCCGCACACCUCAUGCUCCGCGCCACAAUGCCCUCAACCCAUCCUCCUCACACCCAUCCCCCUCUAUACUCAUCCCCUCACACACCUCCGCCCUCACACCGCAUUCCCCUCACAUACUCCCACUCCCCACACCAUCUCCACCCAUCCCCUCAUACUCAUGCCCCUCACAUUCACACCCAUGCCUCCCUCAAACCCUCCCCCUCACUCAUCCCGCACACGUGCCCCAUCCUCAACACCCCAUCCUCCUCACACGAUGGAACCCAUGCCUCAUACUCUCGCCCUACACCCUCCCCUCACAUCCAUCCUCACAUACCCUGCACCGUCACACCAUCCCCCUCACACCAUCCCCGCACACGCCAUCCCUCAGCACCGAUCCCCUCGACAACCGACAUGAUCCAUUCAUUCCUCUACGUCCACCACCUCUCAAGACUAUCUAGUCCACUGGUCGUUAAGUGGAGCUCCGGAGGACGCGGUGUGUAA